AUGGAUCAAGACAACACAGGAACACAUUUUGAAUACAGGAGGUCAAAGUCGCGUGCUGCGCCUUACACACCGCCAGUUGUCAAACUCAAGAGACGCCCGGCUCCUUUGGUCUUACAGUCUUAUACUGGCCUCGAUGCUCAGCAAGGGGCUUCCGAUAUCUCUCCAUACGGCCUAGGCUCCUCCACCAUCUAUACUCCUGGACCGCUUAGUACUCUGCACACCGCGUCCUCGUUCACGUACUCAGAGCCUUCGGAACCUGCGAGUGCUUACCCACCCUUGUCGGCUUUAUCACCCACGGUAUCGGCAUACCCGUCCAGACGCCAGUCUGCCAGUCUCUUCGGUCUCCCACUAUUGGAAAACCCGUUUGGUCCUCAAGUGGCGGAAAGCGCCGUUCUGUCCCGCGAACGCUCAUUCUCCUUGAUCUUGUCACGCGAAGCUUUGUUACCUUCUCCUCCUCACGAUCCUCUCAUCUAUAUUGCUUUCAACCCGUGGACCUUUCCGGAAUACCUUCUCCUUCAAUCUAUCGUUAUUUCUCAUUCGCAUUCGAACACUGUCAAUGGCUCCACACACAAUGACCGCUCUACCGACUGGAAUCGGGUCGCCCGGACAUUGAACACAACCUCGGCAUCUUUCUCCGUCCCUUUACCGUACCGAAGUGCAUGGGACUGUUGGCACCGAUAUUCCAUUCCUUGGCUUCACCCCUCUCCGUCCCUUCCACCAUCUCUCUCGGUCAAACCCGCCAACGAACUUUAUCCCGAUGCACCUGGAGUGCAACGGACGUACAUGAACCCAACUUUACAAGCCGAUAUCCACCAGCUCAUAGAGACCUACAUCAUCCUCACCAAAGUUCUUCUUUCCCUCAAUUCCGACUCCCCCGACGAGCAAGGAUCAACCAGCACAACUCUCUCUAUCUCUGACAUAACCUCCGACGUCUUCCAAACCCGUGACCCGCCUCGUUCAUCCAAGCGUUUUCGUCACCCAGGCAAGACCGCCGGCUUUCCUUUCAUCCUGCGCCAGUUGAAUGACCAUGCAUCAUCUCUUUCUCUUUACUACACAGACUAUCCGUUCCUCCCGUCCCCACCGAACGUACCGCCUCGAACGUUGGGACACACGACCGAUCGCGGUCUUUCGCCUUGGUUUCACGCUGGUGCUGUCAAUUCCGUCAUAUUGCGUCGACUCUUCCCCGGUGGACAAGAGCACUCGUCGGCAUCAGCUUCGGCGCCAGAUCAGAAUCCGGAAACCAGGUAUGCAAAGCCUGAAGAUGUGGUCAAUCCGGAUUCAGUCGCUUCGGCUAUGGUUCAGGAUCAGGAGCAGGAGGAAGGGUUUGGGUGGCAGGUGAGGAGAUUACCGGUUCAUUUGAGGAGGUUGAAGAUACCACGGCCGAGAGUGGCGAGGAACUGUGGGAUGUCUCUGGUGACGGCGGAGAUGGCGGAGGGAAGUCAAGGGCCAGGGCGAGCGAGAGUCGAGAUGAUUGCAUGA